AUGACGGAAAGCGAAGUACAACAAACAAGUACGCCAAACAGCAAAAUAAAGAAAUUUCGAAAACGUAUAUUUCAUCCUAUAACAAAAAAGAAUAAAGAUGAACAACAAACAAGUCUUUUACAAGAAAAAAAGAACAAAACUGAGAAACCUAUUCGAAAUGAAGAUUAUGAAGCAACUGGUUUCGUUAUUGAUCCACAAGAUCACCUCUAUCAAUAUUGGCUUGGAAUUAUUUCACUUGCUAUCUCGUAUAAUUUUCUUUUAAUCCCAGCUCGUUAUGCAUUUACUGAACUUGAUAAAAACUAUCGAUAUAUUUGGAUUUCAUUAGAUUAUAUAUCUGAUUUUAUUUAUUUAAUCGAUAUUUUUCUACAAUCGAGAACAGGUUAUUUUAGUCAUGGUCUUUUUGUUCGUAAUCAUCAUGUAUUACAACGUAAUUAUUUUUUAUCACGACAAUUUUUUGUAUAUGAUCUUCUAUCUAUCAUACCAACUGAUUUUUUAUAUUUUAUUCCAACUUUCCGUUUUGUUUCAAUUAUUCGUUCGAAUAGAUUUAUAAGAGUUAAUCGACUUUCACAAUUUCAAGAAUUAACUGAAUCACGUACGAGAUUUCCAAAUGCAUUUCGAAUUGGUGUACUUAGUUGUUUAACAUUAACAUUGAUUCAUUGGAAUUGUUGUGCUUAUUUUCUUAUUUGUGAACAUUUGGGUUUUGGCAGUGAUGAAUGGGUAUUACCAGCUUCGGCUCAUAAUGAAACAGUUGCAAUGCUUUAUACUUAUUGUUUUUAUUGGUCAACACUUUUAUUGAGUACAAUUGGAGAUGUUCCAUUACCUGUUACAAGAUCAGAAUAUCUAUUUGUAUUGUUUGAUUAUAUGAUUGGUAUACUGAUAUUUGCAACUAUUAUUGGUAAUCUUGGUACAAUGAUAUCAACUCAAAAUCAAUCGCGACAACAAGUUCGUGAAAAAAUGGAUGAAAUAAAACGUUAUAUGAAAUUUCGUUCAGUUAAUCGAAAACUUGAAUCAAAAGUUAUAAAAUGGCUUGAUUAUUUGUAUAUGAAUCGACAAGUAUUAAAUGAAGAAAUGGUUUUAAAUUCUGA